AUCAUUUAUAGCAGAGGUUCUCAAUCUCAAGCUUUUUUGGUUCACGGCACAUAAUUAUACAUCACAAGUUUUCGCGGCACACUCAACACAAAUGUAAUGAAAUAAAUUACUGUUUUCAAUAUUUUUACCAGCUUAAUUACAAAUAUCAGAAACUUGUCGCGGCACACCUAGUCGAUCUCUCGGUACAGUAUUGUGCCGCGGCACACCGGUUGAGAACCACUGUUUUAUAGGUCUAUGCUGUCACUAUAUAGACGCUUGUUUAUAAUCAUAGUCCGUGGUACUCAGUAAUCAGUAAAAACCAAUCGCUAAUCAGUAUCUCACAAAACUACUAUAUAGUAAUGCGAAAAUUAAAUUAAACAUCUAAAAUCAAUGACUAUCUACAACAUCUAUAUUUUUGAUCGGAUGGGAACAAUAUUAUAUCAGACAAACUGGAAUCGUUUGAAACAAUCCGGCAUGAGUAGUGAAGAAGAAGCCAAAUUGAUGUAUGGUAUGUUGUUUUCUAUCAAAUCAUUUGUUUCUAAAAUAUCACCACUUGAUCCUAAACGUGGUUUUUUAUGUUACAAGACUAGUAAAUAUGCAUUACAUUAUUACGAGUCAUUAACUGGUGUCAAAUUUAUAUUAAAUACUGAUAUAACAAUAAAAAAUGUCAGAGAUUUGUUACAUCAAUUAUAUAAAGAAAUUUACGUGGAAUAUGUUGUUAAGAACACUGAAUAUGAAAUGGGACAACCUAUUGAGAGUGAAUUAUUCAAAUUGAAACUUGAUCAAUUUAUAAAACAGCAUAUGAAAAGUUUACAAUAA